UAACAUCACAUUGCACUGUGACAUAUGGACGUCCGUCUUGACAACAGGAAGGACGAAGGCAUCGAACUGAAGACCUACUCGUAUGGCAUUCAGACAGAAACAGACGGCGGACACGAAUUCACAUCAACCUACCAAUGCAUCUCGUCAAUCGACGACCAGUUGAUUUUGGGUGAAGAAUGCAAACUGGCGCCUCAGGUUGGCAAGCGGUGGGGUCGAAUGGCGAUCUUUGUGUCUUGGAUUUCUGUCGUGAUGAACAUCCUGAUGGCAAGUGCUGCUUUCGCUUUUGCGUUUAUUGGGAAUAGUCCGGCGUCGUUUGGAUUUGCGUUUAAUUCGUUCCUUGAUGCCUGCACAUCUGUGAUUGUAUUGUGGAGAUUCUGGGGCUCGGCAGGUGCCAAGUACUUGUGGCAACGAGAGAGAAAGGCAACCAUUCUUGUUGCCUGGCUUUUUGUAAUAUCAGCAUUUGGUAUAAUUGCUCGAGCAAUUGUGGCUCUCAGACAAGAUACGAAACCAUCAGAUACUGUAGCCAUCAUCAUUUUCGCUUCAAUCAGCUUAACCAUGGCUGGAAUGAUGGCGUGGAUGAAAUACACAAUUGGACUUCGAAUGCAUAGCACCGUACUAAAAACUGAUGCUCUCAACAGCCUGAUGGGUAUGUUUAUGGGAUUGGGAGUUGUCAUUAGUACAGUCGUGUACCACGAGGAUGAGAAAGUUUGGUAUCUUGACUCAAUUGUAGGCAUCAUCAUUGCCAUUCUCUUGUUCGUCACCGGUCUCAGGAUGUUGACAAAAUUGCUUUCAAGACGAGGGAAGCUCAGUCCACCUGUUCGUUAGCUGUUGGACAUUUGUGAUGUAUAUAGAUAUCAAUGACGUUUGUAUUGUAACCAGGAAUAAUAUAAGUGAACUAACUAGGAGAGGAGACAUUUCAUAUUAUCUGUAGUUCCUGAUAAUAAUAAUAAACAAAUUUAUUGUUUGACUAA